CAGGAUUGGGUUUUUGAUGUGAACUAGGAAUAUGAAUUGCUCUAUCAAACUCAGCACGUCAUCCUCUUGGUACCCAUAAGGAUCAAUGUGGUCCCAAAAUACAUUAAAAUUAAAUAGACUGGCCCACAAGGGUCAAGUUCUGUUGCAUUGAAUAGGUAGGAGUAGAGAAGUUAAAUUUGUGAUAUAAAAUUGCCAGAAGGAUCUCAUUCUCAUACUCACCAUCAUUUCCUUUCAAUUGCCUCUUAGCAGGUCUCUCGAUCCUUUUCACAGCUUCCCCAAAAUGCCAUCUGUUCCCGAGCCUGUUCCUGGGCUACGAUGGGGGAUUGUCGCUACCGGAAUGAUCGCGUCCUGGUUCGUGAGCGACCUCGUUCUCCCUCGUUCCAACCCUUGCGCAACCCACACAAUCAAGGCAGUCGGCUCCAGCAACACAGCCAAAGCAAAGAAAUUUGUACAAGCCUACAUCCCAUCCACCACACAGUCAGAUGUCUCAUGUUACGGGUCCUAUGAAGAGGUCUACAACGACCCAAACGUAAACAUCGUCUACAUCGCCACCCCGCACGCAUUCCACAAACAAAACUGCCUAGACGCCAUUAACGCCGGAAAGCAUGUCCUCUGCGAGAAGCCAUUCACGAUAAAUGCGCGAGAAGCAACCGCCGUAAUCGACGCAGCGCGAGAGAAAAGUGUCUUUGUGAUGGAGGGCAUGUGGUCGCGAUUCUUCCCCAUUGUAGCCAAGCUGCAGGAAUUACUUUUCAAACAGAAAAUCAUCGGCGAUAUCAACCGGACUUUUGUCGAUUUCUCUCUCGAUAUGCCGCUGGAUGAGCUCCCGGCUACCCUCGGCGCGGGGUCGUUGCUGGAUAUUGGGACAUACUCCCUAACCUGGGCUCUUUUGACUUUGGAGUCUUCACCUGGAGGUUCUCAGGUGCAGCGACCCAAGGUUAGCGCGUCACAGACAUUGGUACAAGGGGUAGACGUUAGUACUUCUGCCCUGUUGUACUAUGCAGACACUGGUCGCCAUGGUCUCAUCUCCUCCUCUUUGCUAUACAAGACCGACGAUGUCUUCGCAAAAGUGGAGGGGAGUAAAGGGACACUGUUUCUUAAGGGCGACACCGCCUCCAUGCCUGAUACAAUAAUUGUGUCCUUGAAGCCAGAGAAUGCGCAAAAGGACAUGGGAGACAAGAAGCCAGCAGCCAGUAACGCGCAGGAUAAGCGGGAGCUACUGUUCAAGUUCGAUGAGCUGUAUGGGGGGAAAGGCUUCUAUCAUGAGGCCGAUGCAACUGCGUUGGACAUCGCUGCUGGGCACAAGGAAAGUAAAACCAUGCCUUUGGGUGAGACGCUGAGAGUGAUGCGGAUUUUAGAUGAGAUUAGGGCCCAGGGGGGUGCUAAGUUCCCUCAAGAUGACUAG